AUGGAUAACAAAGAAUUUUGCCAUUCACUUGAAAGUGUUAUUUUCGUUGAUCCAGGAAAAAGAGGCAUUUCUGAGUUCUGGACACAUGGAUGCUUAUAUGAAGCUGCUUCAAGAAUUUUAAAGCAGCCAAAGGAUAAGAAAUCUUACGUUUUAACAGGAUUCUGCUGCAUGAAUAAAAACUGUGAAACAGAUGGCCCAAUUGGAACAUCUGUUCUUUGCAAAGUUUUAAGAGAUUUAGGUUUCAAUUCCGAAAUUCUUUGUGACCCAUGUUCAAAGAACGUUGUUGAAGCUGCUGCACUCGGACUGCCUGUUGUUUGCGCUUCAAAUGUUUCCGAACUUGAAUCCGAUCUUUCUUUCGCAAUUUCAAUUGAAAGACCAGGAAGAACGAUCAAAACUAACGAUUACAGAACAAUGCGCGCAAGAGAUAUAAGUGAUGUUACAAUGCCACUUGACUAUUUGUUCCCAGCAUUUAACGAUGAAACUCAGAAAAAGAAUUAUCUUACAGUUUCAGUUGGCGAUGGCGGAAAUGAAGUUGGAACUGGAAAUGUACAUGAACAAGUUGCCAAAUACGUUUCAAUGGGCUCAGAUAUCAAUACUGUUACAACUUGCGAUGUACUUGUCCUUGCAGGCGUUUCCAACUGGGGAGGCAUCGCUAUUGCUGCUGCUCUUGCUGUAUGCAGUGAUAAUAUUGAGAUUGCUAAGAGUUUCAUCGAAAUUUGCGGUCGCCAACGUGAAAUGCUCGAUAAAAUGCUAGAACAGGGCUCAUAUGAUGGAAUUUCUGGCAAAGUUAUUCCUGUUGUUGAUGGAAUGGAAUUCGAUAAAGAACAUACAGAAAUUAAUAACAAAUUAAUUGCAGUUGUCAAAGAGAAGUAUCCUUCUCUUUCCCAAUAA